AUGCAACUGAAAUUUGAUUGGCAGGGCGAGGAUAAUUGCAGUGUACUGAAGGCGCAGCUGGAAGAGGUGCUAAAGGAACUGGAUGGAAAGAAUGAUCUUCUUGGCAAUUUGGAGAAAGCAAAGAAUGAUGCGGAAUGGAAUCUUGGCGAGCACAAGCAGUGGCUUGCUGACGCUAGCGCGAGGGCAGAUCAACUGGAUGCACUAUGUCAUGAGAAGGAGAAUGCUAUCAAAGAUUUGGAAAAUAGACUGCACGAAGCUGAAAAGAGCGCCACCGAAGGAGCGAAUGCGCAAAAUGUCUUCGAGUAA